AUUCAGACAAGAGAGGGAGAAGAAGGGGAGAAGCUCCACUCUUUCUCCAACCCAAGUGGACGCCAUAGCAGGCAUGGAGAAUGGAGGUGAAGAAGGUUACGGAGGAAGCAGAUGCAAGAGGAUCACCAGAGAAUCAGAUGCAGCCAAGAAUGGUGCAGCCACCAAGCUGCAAGCUCUGAGGCUCGUCGAGGACCUGUCCCUCCCUUCUGUUCAGGUGGUGGUGAUGAGCGCCAACAUGGGCUGUUCGCACUGCCGACAGCGGGUCACCAAGGUUGUCUCCAAGAUGAACGCAGGGUUGCUAGAUUACAUGGUGGAUUUUGGGAAGAAGGAAGUGACAGUGAGAGGGACGGUGGUGCACACCAAGAAGAAGAAGAGGAAGCAACACAAGAUGAAGCACGAGGAAAGCAACAAGGGAGUUGCUGCAAACUGGGAGAAGAAAUCAGCGUCUCAGACCGAUGACAGCGCCAAGACGCUGGCCUGGUUCUUGCGAUGCUACAGUUCAUAGU